AUGGAGUCGGAUGGCCAAUUCAAAGCUGAACUUAUCAAUGGUAAGCCUGUUCUCUACUAUAGAACAAACCCUGAAGGUGCUUGGGAGAACAUUACACACACGAGACAUCAGCUUGACAAUUUGGAACUCUACGAUUAUGAUCUCAACUUAACCAAGGUAAAAGAUUGUAAAUCAGAGUUAAAAGGGUUCAUUUUCAAAGUAUUCUUCAGCUUCAUAUGUUAUCAUAUUAAGCUGGGUGACAAGCUGGUAUGGUCCUACUGUAUCAGUAAAGUUACUGGAAAAUCACUCGAACUCCUCUUCAACAUUAAGACUAAUAAAAUUAGCUUAAAAUUGGAGAAAGGCACUGAGGAUUUGAAUAUGAGAGGCUAUGACUAUAAUAACUGGGUAGUGCCUGGGAGACCACUGGAGAAGUUCAGAACCUUUCGUGUUAUCAAAGAUGGACUAAGAACAGCGCAUUUAUUUGGUGAAGAUGAGAAUUAUGACGAAAUAGCCUAUGGAGAAUUCGUAUUAGUCAAUGGACCAAACGAUAAACCAAUCUCUUACAUCACCAACAACACCAAAAAGACAUUCGAAGUCAUAUACAAACUACCUUAA